AAACUUAAUAAUAAUAAGAAAACAAGCAAGGCAUAACUAGUGACAGUUUACUAAUGAUCCUUAAAGAUAUAUAAAUGCAAGGAAUGUUAAUGUUUAUAUAUCAUUUGAGAUUUUCAUCCCUUUCGUUAACGUAGGCAACACCAGUGUGGCGGCCAUUCGAGAAGUUUGGCCGACGACAAUGCCGAAUGCGCAAUUGGUUUUCAGUCGGAAUUUCAUCAUCGAUAAGUCUGCGUGGAAAAUGGAGCGGUAAUAGCUAAAGGAAUAACAACAGCGAAAAACGCAAAGAAAACGGCCUUUUGUCCGCUAUUUCAGCGAAUUUUUUUGUUAAAAGCAAAAAUUUACCAAACGACGACUUCUACCACUGCAACUACAUCCACUCACUACCACCAAAAUCACUAUCAAAAAAAAUACAUCCAAGCAGUAGCAGCAACGUUGACGUGAGCAGAAUUUUGUAAUGAAAAAAAUUAAUGGUCAAACAGAAUUAACUGCCACAGCGUAUACAGCUAAAGCACCAGCAGCAAAAACACCCGAAAAAAUAUUUCCAAAAUUAAUCAUAUUGAACACAAUAGAACAUCAGGAGCUAGAAAUUUUGCAAUUUAUUCAACAUCACCAACAAGCAGCAGAGAAAAGUCAAAUUAGCGUAGUAGGGGCGUCAGCUGUAGCAGCACUUAAAACGCAGUCGGACGAAGCAUUUAUUGAGCCGACCGCGGCAGAGCUAGCAGCAGCGGCAGCGAACGCAACAGCAGUGAAAACUUUCCAUAUUGAAAUUUUAAAUUUACAAGAAUCACUGAAUUCUUCGCUUAAUUCAUUUGAGAUUAAUGCGAAAUCUUUUUUGUGCUACGUUAUUUGACUGUUGUUAGUAGAACACCAAGAAACAGCAAAUAUCAGCUUCUCCGAAUAUCACCAGUUUUAGCACUAAAAAAAAACAAUAGCAACACGAUUGUUGCUAGCAAUAAAAUACAUCAAAUAUUUAGCUUUAAUAGAAGCGAUCGUAUUCUUACUUGAAAUCGAGUACCAAUCUAUAACAGAGACGCAGGACGUAUUCGCUAUUAACUACAAUUUAAGGACACCAUAGUUAAAAGCGUAAAAGAAUAUCGAGGGGAUAGUUUGGGAAAUUUUAAGAGGCGUAAAUUUCCUGCACAGUAUUUAAAUACAUUUUUUGUUUUUUUGACAAAUCAUUAUUUGCUGGUGGAAGCCAGUACAACCAGGAGCUAUUAGUACUUUAAUGACUCCAUCCACCAUUUUGAACGAAUAACAACGCUUGAGUAACAUUCACAGCUGCAGCACAGCUAAAAGUCAACGAACACCCGAACCACUCGGAAAACGAAAAGGUUGAAAAGAGGAAGCAGAAGUAGCUGCAGAAGAUUGACUGACAUUCGGCGUUUAAUUGGAAAAGAGAAGAAAAUUGAGGAAAGGAGGUAAACCAAGAGAAUACGGAAUAAGCGAAAUAAACAAACAAAAAAAACUUAAAUUACGAACAUAAGCCAACAACACAUAGGAACGACACAGCCAGGCCAGACGGAAACUGGUGUUGCAGCCAACAAGUCGGAGCGAGCCGAAGUGAUAGAUAAAAAUCCACAGAUUGUGGUAUAGGCCGCGAACAAUUGGGCGAGCAACUGUUUGUAGAUUUAGCAUCAAAGAAGGAAUAGUUCAGUUGUGUGUUCUUUGAACUUGUACGGGUUUGUUGUUUUGGAAUUUUGUUUCGGAAGCAACUUAAUUAUAUAUACGCGCAAACCAGUAGUUGCUUAAAGCCAGUAUUCCUAACAAGAAAAGUUACGGCAGUAUAAAAAAAAACAUUUUUUUUUUUGAAAACAUUCAAACCCAAAUUAUAAAACUUUUGCAAUACAAAAAAAAAAAUAAAAUUAUAGUCUGUACGAGAGAAGUGAUUUGUGCUAAUAUAAUAUACGUGCAUGAGUUUUGUUUUCUUUUUAACUUGAGCGAUUGAUUGCCAAUUUAACAAAUGCCAUUUUGAAAUUCUACGCUGACAGAAAAUUACCUAAUAAUUAUUUUUCAAAAUAUAUCGGCAAUUUAAUACCGUAAACAAUAUAAAACCACGUUAAACCCGAAAACCGCAAACGAACUAAUUGAAGAGAGAAAAUGGUGGAACGCAUAUUGGAGGAAGAGGAGUGCAACAGCUGCGCCCCAGCUGCAUCUACCGUUGCCAGUGGCUCCAAUGUUAAAACGGACAACAAUGGCAAAGUAAAUAAUUCUGCUGGUAGCGGCAGCGAUAGUGGUGUAGGCGGAGGCGGCACUUUCUCUACGGACACCGAUAACAGCAGUCAAUCAGGCGGCCAUAAUGAAAUCACACGCUAUAGCAGCGAAGAUGUUUCGGGCAACGAGUCCAGCGAGGCGCCGAAAAUGACGGAAAUCGAACGUCAGGCGGAACUCAAUCGCCACAAGGAGGAAAUGCAAAAGAAGCGACGCAAGAAGAAACGCACCAGUUCCUCUUUGCAUUCGUCAACAUUUCAAGAAUUGUAUAAACUGACGGGCGAAAUCCUUGGCGAAGGCGCUUACGCUUCUGUACAAACAUGCGUAAACAUCUACACCGAUUUGGAGUAUGCCGUGAAGGUAAUCGAUAAAAUACCGGGACAUGCGCGUGCGCGUGUUUUUCGCGAAGUGGAGACAUUCCAUCAUUGCCAGGGACAUCCGGGCAUUUUACAAUUAAUUGAAUUUUUCGAGGAUGAUGAAAAGUUUUUUUUGGUUUUUGAAAAGAUUAAUGGCGGCCCACUGUUGAGACGCAUUCAGGAGCAGAUUUGUUUCUCAGAACACGAGGCAGCGCAGAUUAUCAAGGAAAUUGCAUCCGGUUUGGAUUUUCUGCACAAGAAAGGCAUUGCGCAUCGUGAUCUGAAGCCGGAAAAUAUUUUAUGCGUCUAUCCGGACAAAUUGUGCCCGAUUAAGAUAUGCGAUUUCGAUUUGGGAUCGGGCAUUAAAUUCACCACAGACGUCUCAUCGCCAUCGGCAACACCACAACUGCUAACACCAGUCGGCAGCGCAGAAUUUAUGGCGCCCGAAGUUGUUGAUCUAUUCGUUGGCGAGGCAAAUUACUAUGAUAAGCGUUGUGAUCUGUGGUCACUUGGUGUUAUCGCAUAUAUUUUAUUGUGCGGCUAUCCACCAUUUUCGGGCAAUUGUGAAGAGGAUUGCGGCUGGAAUCGCGGCGAGAAUUGUCGCACCUGUCAGGAGUUGCUCUUCGAGUCCAUACAAGAAGGACGUUUUUCCUUUCCCGAGGCUGAGUGGGAGGAUGUAAGCGAGGAGGCCAAAGAUUUGAUACGUGGUCUACUUGUCAAGGAAGCGCCAAAGCGUCUAAGUGCUGAAGCAGUGCUAAACCAUUCGUGGAUCAAGUUUUCGGAGGAAGAGUCUCCGAAUGAUAUUAAGAAAAUGGAGAAUCGGCGAAAGGCGCUACGCACACCUGGCAAUAUAAGGCGCAAUCAAUCAGCGCGCGAGAUAUCGCGAUUCGCCGAGUCGGCAAUGGCUGUGAAACGCGUGAUACUGCAACACUUUUCCAUGCGUUAUGACUACAUGAAAGAGCGCCCGAACAUCUAUCAGCCGUCGCAAUUGCAAGUAGACGCCCAGAAUAGCGGCGCCGGCGCGGACAGCAACAACAGUCCACCCAUAUUUAUAAAGCCACCACCACCACGUAGUCGCUCCAUGAAUAACACGCUGAGCGUCAGCAAUAAUCGUUCGAUCUAUGGCGGUCGUAAUAGCAAUCUUUAUGCUACACGCCAUUCGAGUCGUUUAGGCAGCAGCAUUAAUGGCGGCAAAGCGUCGAGCAUCUAUCAAUCGGGUGCACCAUCGUUCAAAACACUAAACGUACACCAAGAGGACGACGACGAUGAGGCGCUGGAAGCAUUUGGACGGCUCGAUGAAGAUGAAGAGUGGGCACAUGUGGGAGAGCAUCAGAACGGAUACUUUUCCGCCGCUAAUGAAGACGAUUUAAAAGCGGAAGUGGAAGCCAGACGUAGGCAAAUGGGAGAUAAUGCUGGAGAUGAGAGUGACUACGAGAGUUAUCCACAUCUUUGGCGUGUUAUGGACAAUGAGGAUGAGGAGGAGGAGUGUGAGUUAGGUGAUGAGGUGGAAGCAACCAGCACAAAUAGGCCAUAUGAACAGGAUGGCGAGUGCAGUGAUAAUAAUACGCCCCAUGACUAUAACGAUUACACCAGACGUCCAAAAUACUAUCUAGAUGAUAAUAACGAAGACGGAGAGAUGGAGCUCAAAGUGGUCGAAGAGUUGGAGGACAAAAAUCGUUGUCGUCAUGGUGAUUAUGGUGAUAAUGCUAUUACUAGUGAUGCGGAGGAUAGUUCCUGUGUUAGGAGUGGUGACGAAGGCAGUAAGACAACAUUACUACAGGGUGCCAUGCAAAUUAAGGAGGGAGAGAGAUCAGCCGAAGCUGAAACUGCUCUCCAGUUAAGUUUUAAUAGAUUACCUAAUAAUGAGAGUAAGGUUAAUGAUGAGAACAUGGAGAACGCAGAGUGGAAGAGGAGGAGCGUUGAUCAGGAGCGAAUGUUUGAAGUUAAUGAUUAUGUUAAUGUUGAUCAUAAUAAGGUUAAGGUUAAUGAUGAAUUUGAAGAAAAAGUUGCAGAUGAGGCAAAUAAUUCAUUUGCAAAGGCAGAAAUUGAUGAACAUGUUUUCAAGUUGGAGGAGGAAGAAAAUAUCGAAAAGCAAAAUAAACAACAGCAAAUAGAUUUUGCUAACGAAACGAAAAUGAAUUUCAAUGAAAAUUCAAAAACAAAUUUCAAAACUUAUUAUAACAUCCAAGAUAAUAAUAUUGAAACGAAGAAGAAUGCAAGCGGCAACAAAGCAAAUGAUUUGUUGCUGGACGCUGGACAAAACCAACUUCCAAUAAGUGAUAUUAAUUAUAUAACAAUCACCAAUUUAAAUACAACAACAAUCGCAGUUAAUGCAACCAAAACAAAUCACACCACCAACGACAACAAGAAUAGUAAUGUUUCGAAUAUGGAAACAGAAACCAAAACAAAUAUAGCAAACAAAAUCAUAAAAGAUGCAGAUAAUGUUACAACAACAACAAAAGAAAAUGCUAUAUUAUUGGCUAGUAUUAGUGAUUUGAAAGAUACGCUACCUGAACUUAAUGAGACUGCAAACAUUGUUGUCACCACGCCAAUAAACGGAGUCGCUGCCGAAAAUGCAGCAUUCAAUGGAAAAAGCGGAAAAUCUGCAACGCCUGCCGACAACAUAAUUGAUGAAGAGAACGGAGGAAAAGUUGUCGCAACGGAUGGGAAUGAAGAUGAGCUGGUGACUUCCAAGAAACGGGUGGCAACAAUGCGAACGACUUUUGGAAAUCAACAACAACAAACACAAAAACAGCUAAAACAGCAGCAGAAGCAGCCGCCAAAGCAAAAUCAAAAGAAGCAGCAGCUACAACAACAAACACAACAACAACAACCACAAAAUCAAAAACAAAAACAACAAACUUUGAUAAAAUCAAAGCGGUCGCCACGCGCGAACAAAACACCGCGUAACGUCUGCUUUGCGCUGGGCAACAACAGCGGUCGCCAUGCUGGCGGCGUUGACGACGUUUACGAUGCAUAUCAGAACAAUUAUGACGCCGAGUUAGAGGACGAUGCCGAUGAAGACGACGUCGUUUACGGCAGACCACGUUCGCACAGCAACAACAUCAACGCAACUGGUUAUGCACGUCGUCAGCAACCAUACAACAACAAUCAUCGACGCUACUCACAGCCAACAGCCGGCGUCAAUAAGCAGCAAGAACAGCAACAGUCGUCCGGACAGAAAGCCGAAAAUUGGCGCAAUCGCGGUGGUAUUCUAAUAAAUGGCAACAAUGCCGGCAACAGCAACGGAGACUCAUCGAACAGCACCGGUUUAAGUGCCACGGUUGCAGCAAAUAAUUACCGCAACAAGUAUCGUUCACAAGGUGGUGUCAAUUCGCCCGGCUGGAAUGUGGGCGGCGCUCAACGUAAUGGCGGCCACUACUACAAUGCCCGCUCCGGCGGUGGCAGUUACAGUCACGUCGGCGUAAGUGGUGCCUCGCCACCGUCCGAUGACAGCGGCAGCGGUUCUGCAAGUGCCAUACAUAACUGGCGUAACGAUUGCAUCUAUACGGGUGCGCGUAAUUGUGGAAUGCAACAGCGACGCAACUACCAGCAACCCAUACACGAUGGCAACGGCGGCAGCAUUAUGCGCGCGCAUUUCAACCGAAACAAUCAAUAUCAGCCGCGCAUCGGUUCAGGACGUUUCACGCAUUCACCAACCGGCAAUAUGUAUGUACCGCAGUCGCGCGGCAGUGCCGUCAGCGGCAUAUAUAAUAGCGGCCACGGUUUUGGUUUGGGUGGCGGCGGCGGCGGCGGCGGCAGUAGCAGUGGUUCACCACCAUCGGCUGGUGAGCUGGACAUUGGACUCUCACCGCCGAGCGAGAGUUUGUUAAUGCAGCGACGUAUGCGUGUAGUAGCAGGCGCUGGGCGGCAUCGCAAUAAUGACUUCGGUGUGGGCGAUUUCUGCCAAUCGGCAACGGCUAACGGUUAAUAAGCGAAAAGUUUACUACAUUCACAUCCAUAAAUACACACAUAAAUAUAACACAAAACAAAAUAACAUUCAUAGAAAUUGAAGCAACGCUCGUUUCACGAACGUUUUGUUGCUCUUAAAACGAAACCAACUCGAUUUCAUUUAUGUAUACUUAUUCAAAAAUCUAAAAACUAUGUAACUGUAGGUGUGUGUGUGUGAGUGCAACAAGUGCGUAAUGCGUUUUUCUUUUUAAGUAAAUGUGGGCAACCAGUAGUUUGUCAAUUAAAAGCGAAAGCCGGCGCGUGCUUUGAAACACUUUUUAAUCGCCCGCAAUUACUGCUUGUUUGUUGACUCUCUACUUUCGAUAGUGUUGCCCUCAGUACAUUUAAAAACUAAAAUUCACAUGCAUACUGUAACACCUCGCACACUUUUUGCGCUCACACAUUCACCCACACAAAAAUUCUGAACCUAUUCGGUUUUUUAAUAUCACUUAUGUAUUUCAAAAUCUACGAAAGAUAACCUACUUUUUUGUACUACUCGUAAUAAUUUAAUUUUCUUCUUUGUGUAACGGACAGCUUGUUUGUUGAGCCUGUUUAUCUCUAAAGCGCACAUGCCGCGCAUUUCGUUUAAAAGUUAAAAAGUAGCUUUGCGUAAAAGCUAACGAAAGCUCGUAAGGCUUGACGCAUGACUCAAAAUAAUAUGAAAUAAGUUGCAAUAUGUUGGCAAUAGUUAAAACAUAUAUUUUUUCCCCCCGAUUUUAAUUAGUUACAAGUUAAUGUCAGCAAUUUUGCUUACAAUUAGUUUUCUUUUAUCCAUACACCACUCUCUGUCGCGCUCAACAUCACACUGUUCGAAAUUCCAAAUACACAUAAUUUAGACGUAAUUACUACAUUAAUACUAUUAUCUCAAAAUUUUGUCUUAUUUUCUGAUACAAAUGUUUAUUUUCCAAUGUGUUUAAUUUUUAUAUAUAUCUUAUAUUAUUUCAAAGACUUUUCGUAACGACUGUUAAAUGUAAACCAAAAAAACAAAAAAAAAAGAAAAGAAACGCCAACACCAGAGCAAAAACAAAAGAAGCACACAUGUCAAAUUUUGUUGUAAGAUGAUUAAUAAGGAUGUUGAUGUUAAAUACGCUAUGGCUGUUACGAUGGGAAAACAAUGGCUUUUUGGCUCGCUUAUGUAAUGUGUAUUAUGAACGAAAAUGAGAAUAUACAAAAUAAAUUGUUCAUAUGUACGAACACCACACACUCAACACAUCUGCCACUGUGCACACUUACUUUUCUUACAUAAUACACAUACACAAAACACACACGUACAUAACCAAAA